AUGUACAAUGAGAUAGAGGGUAACCAUGACGACGUCGCCAUCAACACUUUUAAGAGCGGCCUCCCAACUAAGCAUGGUUUAAGAAAAUCCCUAACAGGAAAGCCUGUCACUAGCCUACGCAAACUCAUAGACCGGAUCGACAAGUAUAAAAGGGUUGAAGAAGACCAGCAGUUGGGUAAAGGAAAAGCGAAGCCUCUGGAGAAGAUCAAGAACGAGCCAUUCUUCAAAUGGCCAAAUAAGAUGGCAAGAGGCCCUAUGAAGUGCAACCAAAACCUGUAUUGCCAAUACCACCAAGAAUCGGGGCACGCCACUAAGAACUGCAGGAACUUAAGGAACCACUUGGACCAGCUAGUCCGAGAAGGAAAAUUAAGGCAUCUCUUACAUCAUUCCAGUGGUCAACAAGGACAGGCGAAUCCUGAGUCUCGGAGAGACACCUCCUUAAGACCUCUUAUAGGCACGAUAAAUGUCAUUUUUGCUGCUCCAGGAAGGACCAGCUCUUGUCCUUCCAGGGUAAUGCCUGUGGCUCGGCUUCCCACUGAGGAAGAUGAUCGGGAGUCCAAAAAGGCCAAGAAGGAAGCCUCACCAGUGCUGGGCUUUUCAGACGAAGAUUAG